AUGCCCAUAAAUCUUCAUAUUUCUAUUCCCAAGCUCAAAAAACUCAAACCCAAAUCUCAACACCCUCCAAGUCACAAUACCUCUCCACCCACUCAUAAAUCCCCAUCAUCCACCAUUGAUCGCCACCAAUCAUAUGGCCACAGUACUUCAACGAUCAAUCGUCCAAUGGAGUCCCCGAGAGGAGUCUUAUUUGACUCCCCAAGGUUGAUGUUCAUGGCGGACCCACCAUUGCGGGACCUACGUGGGUCCCACCGUUUCUUUGUGACCACUGAUGGUUCAAGUUCACUCAUGGAAGAAGCACGUAUGAGCGCUUGUUCCAAUGCUCCAACUCGUCAGGACAGCGUUGCGGUAGCAUUGUACUCAUCAGAGCCGUGCGAUGAAUUUUACAAAUCAAUGGUGGAGAUGGUGGCAUCCAGACUAGAACAAAAUCUGACCGUUGAUUGGGACUACAUGCAAGAUCUGUUGAUUUGCUACUUGGAUAUCAAUGAGAAGAGCUCCCAUAAGUACGUCUUGGGCGCUUUUGUGGAUGUGGUGGUGGGUUUACGUCAAAUUUCUGAUGAGAUAUCGACAAUGUUGUGUAAAAUUCCAUCGCCUAGAAGUUGGAGGAAGAGACUUGUAGUGGUGUGA